AUGAGACUCUUAUUUUCUAUCCCAUCUCGAUCAGCUACCGCGUCUUCUUCAUCUUCCUCAGGAGCCACGAGCAGCACCCCAAGGCAAAGGAACAGCACCAGCUGUGACAGGUUCUUUGAGCCCCCAAAGACUUCAUGCAGUUCCUAUUAUUCAUCUCAUUCGCAUUAUAACGAGGCCAUCGCUGACUGCAUCGAGUUCUUUAAUAAGUCCUCCUCGUCUACCCAAGAGGACAUGUUGGAUUUUGAUCCACAAUCCGGCGUUAUGGUUUGA